AUGAGCUUGACGAUACCUGGGCUAGAUCUUAUAAGAAACGAGAUUGAGGAGAUCAAAAGUGGAAAUCUUCGAUAUACAAUCGCCAAUCUGUCGAUCAAAGAGCCUAUAUCAUUAUCUGUCCUCCGAAACGGAGGAAGGGUCAAAGACUUUGAUUACAAGAGAAAGUACACCAUAAAAGAGCUUCAGGGGAUAUUUGAGGAAUUUUCGGAAAGUGUCAAUGAGCAGGAUCCCUGUCUUGUAGUAUAUGACUUCAUACACUUCGACGAUGAUGGAAUUCAAAAAAACACCCUGUGUUUGAUCUCCUACAUUCCCGAGCAUCUUGUACCACUUAAGAAGGUUGCAUAUUCUACCAAUGCCUUAAACCUUAAGGAACUACUGGAUAUUUCCGUUCAUAUCUCCAUAAAAAAGAAAUCUGACCUCAUCUUCGAUAACAUUGCCGAGAAGUGUGCAGCGUCACGGAUGAAAUAA